AAUAAGACUUCUGAAAUGCUUUCCUUUUUUAGGGUUACCAAGGAAUGGUUGAUGGCGGUGAUAAUAUUGUUGAAGUUUCUUGGGAAAGUGUAUCCAGUAUCCUGCAAGUGGGAGGUACAGUGAUUGGUAGUGCACGCUGCAAAUCCUUUCGUACCCGGGAGGGUCGCCUGCAGGCAGCCUGCAACUUGGUUCAGAGAGGAAUCACUAAUCUUUGUGUGAUUGGUGGAGAUGGUAGCUUAACUGGUGCCAAUCUGUUCCGUGAAGAAUGGAGUGGACUUCUAGAAGAACUGGCGCAGAAAGGAAAGAUUGAUGAAGAAGCUGUUAAGAAAUAUGCUUACCUUAACAUUGUGGGAAUGGUUGGGUCCAUAGACAAUGACUUCUGUGGUACUGAUAUGACCAUAGGAACUGACUCAGCCUUGCACAGAAUCAUUGAAGUUGUGGAUGCCAUCAUGACCACUGCACAAAGCCAUCAGAGGACAUUUGUUCUGGAGGUUAUGGGGAGACACUGUGGGUAUUUAGCUCUUGUCAGUGCCUUAGCUUGUGGUGCAGAUUGGGUAUUUAUUCCUGAAUACCCACCAGAGGAAGGAUGGGAGGAUUCAAUGUGUGUUAAGCUUUCAGAGAACCGUGCACGAAAGAAAAGGCUGAAUAUUAUUAUCGUAGCUGAAGGUGCUAUUGACUGCCACAACAAACCUAUAACAUCAGAGAAGGUUAAGGAUCUUGUGGUUCAGCGGCUUGGAUUCGACACCCGAGUGACUAUCUUGGGUCAUGUGCAAAGAGGUGGAACUCCUUCAGCUUUUGAUAGAAUUUUGGCAAGCCGAAUGGGUGUGGAAGCUGUACUUGCACUUCUAGAAGCUACUCCAGAUACUCCUGCCUGUGUUGUGUCUCUGUCUGGAAACCAAGCUGUCCGUCUGCCUUUGAUGGAGUGUGUGCAGAUGACUCAAGAAGUACAGAAAGCCAUGGAUGAAGGAAGAUUUGUUGAGGCUGUGAGGCUUCGUGGGAGGAGCUUUGAAAACAACCUUAACACCUACAAAUUACUGUCACAAAAAAAGCCAGAUGCCGAGCUUCCAAAGACCAAUUUUAAUGUGGCAGUCUUAAAUGUUGGUGCACCUGCAGCUGGAAUGAAUGCUGCAGUGAGGGCUGCAGUGAGAGUUGGCAUAACUGAAGGCCAUAAAAUGUUUGCUGUCAUUGAUGGAUUUGAAGGUUUUGCUAGAGGGAAGGUCAGUAUAGUAUUGUGUAUCCCAUCCCACUCUACCAUUUUGUUCAUGUUCUUGGAAGUUGUCUUCUGUGGAACUCUUAUGAGAAGUGAUUCUUAAAGUUUUUUUAUUUCA